AACGACAUUAAAAUAGUGCAACUGAAACGUCCUCCCACGGACAUUUGAACAAUUUGGAAGAACGUCGUGGGGUGUGCAGGUCUACAGUCCAGUCCGUUUACAUUACCGGACUAUAACAAAGGAGAAUUUGACGAGGGGUGCCGUGUUGCAAUAAAUGCAAUAAACAAAAGUCUUUAUUCAUUUAUGAAUUUUAUUUUUUUAUUAACAGAAACGGUCGUAUUUCACUUUUAUCAGAGCGUAGGCGCAUCCUAACUCAUGCCUCAUGUGACUGAAGAAGAAAAAAACCACACGCGCGCGCGCUGUGGGCUCGUGCUCACGUGAAAAAGCGUGCAGGAGACUCAUACAGGGACUCAGUGCUCAUUUUAGUCCGUCUCAAGAAUUCAGGAACGCCGAGUUCAGGAUUCAGUCGCGCGUCUUGUUUUAAAGUCCCACCGACAGAGAUUUUUUAUUUUAUUUCUUUCUUUUUAAAGAAAAAAUGGGUUGGAGGCGAGGGAGAAACGACCGACAUUUAAUUUUAUCAAAGGCUUUAUCUUCCUACGACCCCAGGACUUAAGGAAAAGAAAGGUGAUGACCUGGAUUGUACCAUGUGAAUUAACUGAAAGACCAUGAAGGCCACACACAAGCUGCUCUUCAUCCUCUGUCCCGUACUGGUUCUGGGCUUUAUCUACUACUCUUCAUGGAAGCUGCAUAUAUACAUCUGGGUCCAGAAGCCUCAGAUUGAUGCAGAAGAAACAACUGUAGUCCUGACUAAUGCAGCUGAUGUGAAAGGAAUGACAGAGAUGGAAACAGACAUCAGCGUUGGACGAAUAGUAGGCUCAGGUACUUCUGCAGCCCAUGCAGCUAAACCCCUCCCCGUCAUUGUGUUCUCUCCACACCAUUUCAGAAAAAAUGUGUAUGACAAACAGGGCUUUCUGAUGCAGCUGGACACACCACUAUCCCCAGAUUUGAUGUAUAAAUAUGGCAACCUCAGCGAAGGGGCCUGCAAGCCAGGAUAUGCAGCUGCCAAGAUGACUUCCAUUUAUCCAAAGUUUAUGAAAUUAGCACCGAUGUUUCUAGAUCCCAACUUCAAACGACUAGGGAAAGUCAGCGGCUACAUGCCUCCGUUUGGGUUCAAAACUCAAGAGAAAUUAAUCAGCAGCAUCUUAAGUGAAACAAAGUAUUAUGGACUUGGAGAGCAUUUAGACAGCCUCAGCUGUAAAAGAUGCAUUAUUGUUGGUAAUGGAGGGAUCCUGUCCAAUAAGUCUCUGGGCUCUCGUAUAGAUCAGUACGACGUUGUGAUAAGACUGAAUGAAGCUCCAGUAAAAGGUUACAGCAAAGAUGUUGGAUCCAAAACCACCAUGAGGAUUACUUAUCCAGAGGGAGCCAUCCAGAAACCUGAAAACUACGAAGACAAUUCGCUUUUCGUCUUUUCUGCUUUCAAACCCCUGGACUUUAAAUGGCUUAAACAGAUGGUCUACAAAGAAAAGAGGGGCAUGGAGGGCUUUUGGAAAUCGGUGGCCCAAUAUGUUCCUCGAGCACCGGCCGACAUGAGAAUCCUCAACCCCUACUUCAUCCAGGAGGCUGCAUUCCAGUUCAUAGGCCUGCCAUUCAACAACGGCCUAAUGGGCAAAGGGAACAUUCCAACUUUGGGAACAGUUGCUAUAACGAUGGCGCUGCACAACUGCGACGAGGUGGCAGUGGCUGGUUUUGGCUAUGACAUGAACAUGCCUUAUGCUCCCCUGCACUACUACGAGACUGUCAGGAUGUCCACUAUUAAAGAGUCUUGGACACACAACAUACCCAAGGAGAAGGAGUUCCUGCGCAAACUGGUAAAGGCCAAUGUGAUCACAGAUCUCACCAACGGUAUCUGAGUUUGCACCCACCCACAGUCUCCCUCUGCCAUUUCCAAGACAAAGAAAAACUGGAAGCAGGAAAAAGACUGAAUCAGACGAGAAAACCUUUGGAUCCCACUGGGACCACCCAAGGUUUUAGUGUUAUAAAGGAAAGCUGAAAUGAUGUGCGCGGUUUAUUGGAGGGGAUGCACGCGACGUGCCUUCUGAACCAAAGACUCCUGCUUCCUGCGGCGGGGGGAGCAAACGGGCAUCACGAGGGUCUGCCUGCUCCCGUCCCAACGACGGCCGCUACGUUCCCCACCACAGACCCGCGGCGAGAGCGGAGCGCUGCUCGGCCUGCUGGUUGCAGCAGCGCGGGGCAACAGAGGGGAGCAGAGGGGGUACAUUGGGUAAAAGCAGUGCCAAACAUACCUCGCACAGGGAAGAGGUCAUCCUCUCCUGUCAACGCCUGAAUGUAUUCAUCUUUCUGAGUGUAAAUAUCCAAGAUCUGACUCCAUGGAGUCAUCGGGUCUCUUUGUUUGCCCAACGUUGAGGCUCACAUCAGCGCACGCCACCUGUUCCACCGACUGGUAUCACUACAGCAGCAGUUCAGAGCGGAGUAUUGCAGGAAGUAAUCUGUGAAAGAACAAGAAAGUAACGAGCAAAAUACAAUCUGUAUUCUACAAAAUGGUACACGAGAUGUUUACACUAAGCAUCAGCAGAAAUGUAUUUAUUGACAUGUGGAGUACAUUUCUUUUCUCUUUCCUGUUUAGAUUUAUUCUCCUGUAACAUCCUCGCUGACCUCUUGAGCUUGAACAUUCCUCCCAGGGCUGGGUUUGACAAAAUCGGAGUGAAUCGGUCCAUCAAAUCCUGCCUUUUCCUUUCAUUUUUCUCUUAAAAAAUGAUCAUUUCACAAACAAAAUCUCCGCUUUUCUUCAGUUUAAAGACGUUAUGUAUUAUCCGUUUUUCAAAACAGGAAAAAAGUUCAUUUCAGUAUAAAACUUGAAAAAGUGGAGAUAAAAUGGAAUCAAGUUGAUUUUUGAGGAAGUUUGUCAUGCCCUGCCCUUCUUUUCUCACAAACCCGUUUCUUUCCAUGUCAUGUUGGUUGCCGCUGGCAACCUUCAUCCGUUCAUGUUCAGUAUUAAUCACCGUGACUGACUCCCAUUCAUAGAUCUAAGCAAACCAGCUCCAUCAGAGCUGUGGCAUGGAAUCCGCUCUGCCCCUUCCAGUCUUAGUUUUUUUUUUUUUUUUUUUAAAUUCCCGCCCCGGUCGUUUCUUCACUCAUAUCAUCUGUGAGCCUUCAGCUUCCACAGACUUCCACAGUGACGGAUGGAGCUCUGUCCAGGCCUGAGAGGAGGUGUCCGCCUUCCAGCCUUGGUUUGCUGCCAUAAAUCCAAACCUUUUGGAUUGUACAGUAUAAAAAUACUAUAUAAAUAUAUAUAUAUAUCUAUAUAAACAUAUUACUUUCUGAGUUGAUUAUUUAUUUAGUUAUGAAUUCCUAUCAGUUUGGCCACAGGCUGGCCGUCCUGUCCGGUUUGCUCAUGAUUCAGCACCGUGAAACAUUUUUCAUCUUUUUUUUUUUUUUUUAAUCUUUGCAACAUCCGUUGGAAAAACACACUUGUUGUUUUUUUUUAUUGUUUUAAGUAAUGUCUGUUUACAUGGUGCAUUUAUUUUCUGUUACAUUUCAGUUCAGGCAUGUAAGGAAACCGUUUUCCUUUUUCUGAUUCGUCCUCUGCGGGGGGGGUGAAUGUCCAGGAUGUUUUUCACGUAAUCCUUUUUUGAUAUAACAAAGUAUUUGUGCAUUUCAGCGAAGCAGAGCUUGUUUUUGUUUUUCUUUCGGUUAGCAGCUGCGUUGGAAGUGCAGGUUGUGCGUUUCACUGACUCUGUUUUCAGUCAGCUGCUUGUUGCCUCUCCCCCUCCUUUGUUCCCACAACCUCUUUUUUUUUUUUUUUUUGUGGCCGGUGCAGCCGGGUGCUCCGCCCUGACCCCUGCCGAAGCGCCUCUACAGGUUGGAGGGCGCAGGAUCAGAGAGGCGGGUAGCGGCGACUGUUGCGCCCUGGCGAGAUGGCGGCAGUGCCUUACACUUAACGAUUGACCCAGUUUGCGGCUCUAGUUUAAACUGCUCUUUGUUUUGUUGUGAUUUUGCCCCGUAGCAUGUUCGUUCCCUGUUAAUUACCCAUUCCUCACCUGAGAAGACUUGAACAUCUUGGUGGUUUUACACGGUUUAGCCCAGGAGACACUCAUUGAAUUUCCACAAUCUGUCUUUUUGUGCCUUUUAUGGGAUGAUGCUGGAAUGACGGGAUUUAAAAACCGAUAUUGAACUGGACCCUCACAACCCUUCAGUCAUCUGCUUUCUUUGACAAGAGUCACUUUAUUAAAUAUCCUUCUUGUUCCUUUAACCGUGCACUUUUGGGCUAAAGCGUGGAAACAACCUCUGUGGUUUUCAAGAGUUGGAAACUGAGCAGACCGUCGUUGGUGUAAGGCUACUUCUCUUUGAAGUUUUCUUUGGAGAGAUUUCAUUAAAUUCAUAUCUUUGCUUUUCUGAUCAUAUUCAGGUUGAAUGUAUUGUUUUCCCCUCCGUCUUGUUUGUAAACUUUUUUUUUUCAAUAUCUGCUCUUGUUCAACUCUGAAGUGUUAAUCUCUAUGAAAUAAAUCAUUUUAAACAGAC